AUGCACCGGUUCACAAGGACUUUGACAGUCUCCUUCAGGAGUUUGCGACUCCCCACGACGACGACGACGACGACCAACAUCAUCGUCCAAACCCCAGGAUCAUCACAACAAGCAUGCUGUCGCGCUGUAGCCUCCUUCCGUCUUUCCCAGCGGUCCUCCUUCUCAACCUCUCGCCGUCUCUACAACUCCCCCUCCACCACAACAACAGCAACAGCACCGGUACCGGCGCUCAUCCUGAAACCCUACAUCAACUUCAAGGCCCUCUCCCAAUCCGAAGCAGCAACCGCAGCAAUGGCCAAGAAUAUCCGGGAUCGGAACCUGCCAGAUUCCAUCUCAGUUGUGGCGGUGAACGAGUUGUAUGCGACAGUUAUGGAGCGGACGCAGAGGUUGGAUCGGGCUAGGGCGGAGAGGAAUCGGAUUGCUGCUGAGAUGAAGGCUUUGUUUAGCGGUGGAGCAAGGAAGGGUGGGAAGAAGGGUGGGAAGAAGUCGGGAACUGAGGCAACAACAACAACAACAACAGCGGGGGCAGGAGCAUCGGGAUCGGGAUCAGGAUCAGAGGAGCAACUCGCAGAGUUGUCAAGGGAAGAAAAGGAGGCGAAACGCCAGGAAUUGGUCGAAAGGGGUCGAGUUUUGAAGGAGGAGAUCCAUGCCCAAGAGGCAGAGUUGUCAACGUUAGAGACACAGUUGUACGAUCAAGCAGUCAUGAUCCCCAACAUCACCCACCCGAAAUCUCCGAUUGGGCCCGAAUCUGAGGCGCGACUGGUCCGGAUCCAAGGCGUGCCCCGUCUCAACCCUGGUGUCAAGGCCUUUGCUCAACCCAGGGCCGAUUCCACCGCGGAGGCUCUAGGUGGUGCAGGGGAGGAAGGCAGGGCGCUGUUGGGAACUAUGUCCGAGUACCCGUUGUUGGACCAUGUUGCCCUUUCGAAACAUUUGGAUCUGGUUGAUUUCGAAUCUGCGACGGCGGUGACGGGGUCGAGGUGGUAUUAUCUCAAGAAUGAGGCUGCGUUGUUGGAGUUGGCGUUGAUCCAGUUUGCUACACAGCGGGCGGUCAAGGCUGGGUUCAUGCCUGUUAUUACCCCCGAUGUCGUUCGUCCCGAGGUAGUCCAAGCGUGUGGAUUCCAGCCCCGUGAUGAGGCAUCCCAGACUUAUUGGGUCUCGACAGUCGCUCCAGGAUCCACCAAAGCUGUUUCAACAGAAGGAUCACACCACCACCAGCACUCUGCACUCUGCCUAGUUGCAACGGCCGAGAUCGCUUUGGCGGGUAUGAACUUGAACAAAGUAAUCGAGGAAUCCCAGCUGCCAAUCAAGAUGGCGGGCUUUGGGCGCGCCUUCAGAGCUGAGGCAGGGUCGAGAGGUGCAGAAGUCAAGGGCCUCUACCGCGUCCAUCAGUUCAGUAAAGUCGAACUCUUUGUCGUCUCCAAGGCCGACCCCAGCGAGAGUGAUCGCAUCCUAGAGGAUAUCCGGGCAUUCCAGGAAGAUAUCUUUGAGGAGCUUGGACUCUGCUACAGGGUGCUGGAUAUGCCAACGGAAGAACUGGGAGCGAGUGCAUACAAGAAAUACGACAUCGAGGCAUGGAUGCCCGGCAGGAACGGAUGGGGCGAGAUCUCGUCGACCUCCAACUGUACCGACUAUCAAGCCCGCCGUCUCAACAUCCGCUACCGCACCAACAAGCCCCGCCAACCCCACCAGGACUCUGCUACGUCUGCCACAGCUUCGAACUCGGUGGUCAGCACAGAGUUUGUGCAUACGUUGAACGGUACGGCGAUGGCGAUUCCGAGGAUCAUUGUGGCGUUGCUUGAAACGUAUCAGCAACCCGAUGGGUCUGUCCGUUUACCAGAGUGUCUUUGGCCCUUUAUGGCUGGCGUCAAGGAGAUCCACCCCAAGUAG